CUGCUCCCGUUGAACAUCUGCCUGUCCUGAAGCUCUAAAGCACGGGGUCUUUGUUUCCUGGUUUUCUUGCUGCUCACGGCUUCUGUUUCAGCCUACAUGGGUGCCGCCUUGCUGGAGAUAUUGGUUACCCUGACUUUCCUGGGUUUGCGAGCCACGUACUACCAUGAACGGCUGACCCGAGUCAACUGGCCCUGCCUGGAUUUCCUUCGGUGCGUCAGUGCGGCCAUCAUCUUCAUCGUGGUGGGCUUUGCUGUCAUUGCCACCAACCACGAGGGAUCGGCCGUGUCAGCCUUUGUUUUCAGUCUUAUUCUAAUUGGAAUUUUCUGCUUGGAUGCCUACAAAACCUACCAAGCGGAGAUGGGAUCAGAAGAAGACCCGGAGCGUCGGUGAAUUUGCACGCUCACAUGUCCAGUGGUGAAAAUCCCACCUCAGGUCUCCAGCCUCUAUAUCGGCGUGUGCUCUCAGAGCUGAAUCCAUCUUUCCUGGAGAAUCUGGAUCUGUGAUUUUAGAUCAUUUCUAGAU